CCUCGGGACCACGAGUCACCAACCUGAAUCUGUCCAGGACUACCUGACAUGAUUAAUUGCCCAAAACAACAAGAGGUUGGACAGGAGAAGAAAGGACGAGAGACGAAACUUGAGCAAUAGAGAGAUAGAGAGACCGAAAGGAGAGGAGAAGAGAGGUUACAGACUCACAGACACACAACCAUGAUCCUUUCCAAUCACUCUAUUCAUUCAUUUUUCUGCUGCUGCUGUUCUGUAGAAUCCAGAGAGAUCAGCACCCAUGUGAGCCUGGAUAGUGGAUCUGGAUCUCUGUGUUUUCACACUAGGAGGUACCCAGGACAUGCUAACAGGACGGAUCGGUCCAGGAGGAAGCUGCCUCCCCCUCCUCCAGAUAACGACGACGGAGACAUACUAGUGGUAGCCAUGUAUGACUUUACAGCGAAAGAGGACACGGACCUGACUUUGACUCAGGGAGACGAGUACACCAUCCUACACAAACAGGACCAGCUGUGGUGGAGGGCACAGGACAAACACGGAAAUAAGGGAUUUAUCCCCAGCAACUAUGUUACAGAAAAGGACAGGAUUGAGGCCAACCAAUGGUACUGUCAGAGCAUCACCAGAUCAGAAGCUGAACAGCUGCUACGACAGGAGGCUAAAGAGGGAGGGUUUGUGGUGAGGGAGUCGAGUCAACAAAGCUGUUACACUGUUUCAGUGUUCACUAAAGCUCUGGGUAUAAACGGUGGUAUCAGACACUACCAGAUAAAGCUCAAUGAUUCUGGAAGCUUCUAUCUUUGUGAGAAGCACAUCUUCACCUCGAUACCUGAACUCAUAGAGUACCACAACCACAACGCUGCAGGUCUGGUGACCAGGUUAAGGUAUGCAGUAGGACCUAUGGGCAGGUGUGUCCCUGCUACACCAGGCUUCAGCUCAGAGAAAUGGGAGAUUGACCCUAGUGAGUUGACUGUAAUGAAGGAGCUGGGUUGUGGUCAGUUUGGGUUGGUGAGGCUGGGGAAAUGGAGAGCUCUGUGUAAGGUGGCCAUCAAAACUAUCAACGAAGGAGCCAUGCACGAAGAAGACUUCAUAGAGGAGGCUAAGAUUAUGAUGAGGUUAUGCCACCCGAAGCUGGUACAGUUGUACGGUGUAUGUACGCGGCAGCAUCCCAUGUGUAUAGUGACUGAGUUUAUGGAGAACGGCUGCCUGCUGAACUAUCUGAGACAGAAUGGAGGGACCAUGGGACAACCAUGGCUCCUGUCUGUCUGUCAAGACACAUGCGAGGCCAUGCAAUACCUGGAGACACACAACUUCAUACACAGAGACCUGGCAGCACGGAACUGUCUGGUCAGCGACAAGAACGUGGUGAAGGUGUGUGACUUUGGAAUGACCAGAUACGUACUAGACAACCAGUACACCAGCUCUACAGGCUCUAAGUUCCCAGUCAAGUGGUCUCCUCCUGAGGUGUUACACUAUAACAAGUACAGCAGCAAGUCUGACGUCUGGUCCUUCGGUGUGUUGAUGUGGGAGGUGUUUACUGAGGGGAAGACACCGUUUGAUGGGCGGUCUAAUGUCGACGUAGUGGAUGAGAUUACCAGGGGUCACCGUCUCUACCGGCCUCACAAAGCUUCCAACGAUGUCUACAAACUCAUGUACCAGUGCUGGCACGAGAGACCACAGGGCCGCCCUUCUUUCUCUGAGCUGUUGAAGAGGAUCAGACUACUGGCUGAAUUGGCUGACUAGACACACACACACAGCUGUUGAAGAGGAUCAGACUACUGGCUGAAUUGGCUGACUAGACACACACACACAGCUGUGGAAGAGGAUCAGACUACUGGCUGAAUUGGCUGACUAGACACACACACACAGCUGUGGAAGAGGAUCAGACUACUGGCUGAAUUGGCUGACUAGACACACACACACAGCUGUGGAAGAGGAUCAGACUACUGGCUGAAUUGGCUGACUAGACACACACACACAGCUGUUGAAGAGGAUCAGACUGCUGGCUGAAUUGGCUGACUAGACACACACACACAGCUGUGGAAGUGGAUCAGACUACUGGCUGAAUUGGCUGACUAGACAAACACACACACAGCUGUUGAAGAGGAUCAGACUACUGGCUGAAUUGGCUGACUAGACACACACACACAGCUGUUGAAGAGGAUCAGACUACUGGCUGAAUUGGCUGACUAGACACACAGCUGUUGAAGAGGAUCAGACUACUAGCUGACUAGACACACACACACAGCUGUUGAAGAGGAUCAGACUACUGGCUGACUAGACACACACACAGCUGUUGAAGAGGAUCAGACUACUGGUUGACUAGACACACACACACAGCUAGACCAGGUGAAAGCUAUGAACCCUUAUUGAUAUCACUUGUUAAAGAUUUUUAAGCCUUGGGACAAUAGAGUACCACAGUAUAAUACCCAUAAAACCUAGCGGUCAAAUAGGAAAAUGGUUCCAAUCAUUUUUCCCACAGGGGAUUUUCAAAACACUGACAAUAAGGACUGUGUUUGGUGUAGGUUCACGCUGACGUGACAUUUUGAUAACUGUGUAAAUCUCUCUCGGGCAAAGGUGACUUUUAUCAAUAUAUUCCCCUGUAUAUAUGUUUCUAAACUCUCUGAGUGGAAAAAAUGAAUGGAACCACUUACCUGUUCAACCACUAGGUUUUAUGGGUAUUAUGACACCUCCACUGUGGGGCUCAAUUGAGACAUGGAUUGUGUAAGUGUGCCAUUCAGAGGCUGAAUGGGCAAGACCAAAAUGUAAGUGCCUUUGAACGGGGGUGCUGGGUUUUUCACCCUCGACUGUGUCCCUUGUGUAUCAAAAGGACAUCCACCCAAUUUGACAAAACUGUGGGAAGUAUUGGAGUCAACAUGGACCAGCAUCCCUGUGGAAAGCUUUCAACACCUUGUAGAGUCAACAUGGACCAGUAUCCCUGCUUUCAA